AUGAAAGCAACAAGAAAUACAUUUAAUUCUACGGUUAUGACAAAAUCAGUUGGGUCCCUUUCUGAUAUAAUUAAUAACCAGAAUAGAAAUUCUAAUUCUGAACUUGCUGUAUCAGAUUCACCAUCACCAAGAAUAAGUAAAACACCUGAUUUAAAUAUUAGUUUUAGAAGAAGGACAAAUAGAAGACAGACAUUAGCUGAAUAUCUUUUUGUUUCUAAUUCACCUGAAUCUGUAGAAGAAAAUGAAAUAAAUUAUAAUACUUUAUUACCCUCAGAACGAACUAUGUUUGGUGUUAACUCAAUAACACCACUAAUUCUUUUGGGUGCCCUUGAACAUCACUCUAACAUUCAAUUAAUUGACUGCAGGUUUCCAUAUGAAUUUGCUGGUGGUAGAAUUCAUGGAGCAAUUAACGUUUGGAAUGAGCAGUUAUUAAAUGAACAUUUCCCGGUUGCCAAGGAUAUGCCUCAAUCUUCUUCCAUUCUCAUAUUUUAUUGUGAGUAUUCUGGAGAAAGAGGUCCUUCAUUAGCUAAAAAGCUACAUUCCAUUGACAAAAAUUCUUUAAAUCCUUAUCUAAUAUACAAAGAAAUUUAUGUCAUUGAAAAUGGCUUUUUAAGUGUUUUAAAAACUGUUCCUUAUCUUAUUGAAGGGGUCCAUAUUGCUAUGGAUGAUGCUAGUUAUUCUGAAGAAAUGGUUUAUUAUCUUCGUCAAGUAAAAUCUUCUUCAGGAUCUAAAACUCCAAGAAGUCCUUCUUCACUCUCUUCAUCUUCCCGUUUAUUUUUACGGUCAUACUAA